CAAAAUGGCGGACGAAUUGUAGUAAAAAUCUCUCAAUUUGUAAAGCCAUUUUUGUACCUUCCCCAGUACGUAGACGUUUAGAUAUUAGAUAUAUUAUUAAUUGAAUCAUAAUGAGGGGCUUAGCAGUAUUUUUAAGGUAUAAUCGGUGUUUAAACCGAUUUUAUCUACGCUCAUCGUGGUAUCAUAAUUUAGCCAAGGCCAGUGUUGUACAGAGUCAAGUUGAUAAAAACUCGCCUGAUUUUAAGACAAAUAAAGAAAAUAUGGAACGUGUGGUUGAGGAUCUGAGAGCCAAAGUAAACAAAAUCAAAGAAGGUGGAAGUAAGUCAGCCAGAGAAAGACAGACAGCAAGAGGAAAGAUGCUCCCAAGAGAAAGAAUAGCAAACCUUCUAGACCCUGGAUCACCAUUCUUAGAGUUAUCUCAGUUUGCUGGUUAUCAGUUGUAUGGGAAAGAAGAGGUGCCAGCUGGAGGAAUAAUAACUGGAAUUGGUAGUGUUAAUGGAGUUGAAUGUAUGGUAGUUGCAAAUGACCCAACCGUCAAGGGUGGAUCAUACUAUCCAAUCACAGUCAAGAAACAUGUACGGGCUCAAGAAAUUGCUGCUGAGAAUAGGCUUCCUUGUAUUUAUCUAGUUGAUUCUGGUGGAGCUAAUCUUCCUAGACAAGCUGAUGUUUUCCCAGACAAAAUGCAUUUUGGACGAAUAUUUUACAACCAAGCUCAAAUGUCUUCUAAGGGUAUUGCUCAGCACAUCCGGAGUAACAGAUUACUAUGCUGUCAAUGACUUGCAUGCUCUACAUGAAGCAAGAAACUGUGUAAAGAAUCUUAACUAUAAAAAGAAUCCUCAGGUGACCAUUGAACCCCCAGAGGAUCCUCUCUAUGACGCUGAUGACAUCUAUGGCAUAGUUGGCACAGAUCUGAAGAGGUCCUAUGACAUCAGAGAGGUGAUUGCACGAAUCGUUGAUGGGAGUAAGUUUGAUGAGUUCAAAGCCUUGUAUGGAGAUACCUUGGUUACAGGGUUCGCUCGAAUCCAUGGCUAUCCUGUGGGAAUCAUUGGUAACAAUGGUGUCCUCUUCUCGGAAUCGGCGCUCAAAGGAACACACUUUAUUGAGCUGUGCUGCAAACGAAAUAUACCUCUCCUUUUCUUGCAAAAUAUUACAGGUUUUAUGGUUGGUAAGGAGUACGAAAAAGGUGGCAUAGCCAAGAACGGUGCAAAAAUGGUGAAUGCUGUGUCGUGUGCGCAGGUCCCUAAGAUCACCGUCAUCAUUGGUGGCAGCUUUGGGGCAGGAAAUUAUGGGAUGUGUGGACGAGCAUAUGGUCCUCGCUUUCUCUACAUGUGGCCGAAUUCUAGAAUAUCAGUCAUGGGUGGUGAACAGGCCGCGACGGUUCUCACUACUGUGUCACGUGACCAAAGAGAAAGAGAAGGAAAAACGUUUAGUAAAGAAGAAGAAGAUGCUAUUAAAAUACCAGUAAUGGAGCGAUAUGAAUUAGAAGGUCAUCCUUAUUUUUCUUCAUCAAGGCUAUGGGAUGACGGUGUGAUCGACCCAGCAGACACACGGACAGUCCUUGGGCUGAGUCUAAGUGCUGCACUCAACGCGCCCAUCAAACACACAAACUUCGGUGUCUUUAGGAUGUAAAAAUUUAACAAACGAUGCUAAUCGAUAUUUACACUAAAUGUAAACGACUCAAAAAUACUAAGAUAUGUGGUGUUCUCUUCAUAACCGGUACCAGUCUUCGGGAAGGAACGACACCGAGGAACUCUGUGUACGAAAUUUCUUAGUGUCAAUGUGUUCUUCCUAGUGCGCCUGCACAGGUUGUUUCCGUAUACAGUCUGCUGACCAACAUGAUAACAGCAUGUUUAAACAAUUGGAAUAUAAUAUGAGAUUUUUGGUAUGAAAUAGAAUACUUCUCGAGCUGGAGUCUUUGAA